AGAACUCGAGUUGCUUCGAGUUAGCAGUGUCGUGAUGAUAUGACGCCAUUUUACUAACCUUUUCGGCGCGGAUUGGAAGGAUAGUAAUCCAGGAAAGUGUAUAAGGGAUACGCCUCUAGCACAAACACAAUUAAACAAAAUAAUAGCUGACAAUAUAAUUAAUUAAAGAAUCAGGAGGACCAAAAAGUGUCGCCAGGAUAUUGUGAUAAAUAAUAAAUAACAAGAUACAACAAGCAAGCAGCCAUAGUCGCCAUCAGUGUUAUUAUGGAUGAUGAAGAUGGAGAAGCGUCUAACAAUGAUUCCUGGACUAUACCCGAACAAUUGUCAUACAAAGAAACCAAAUUGACCGACGAAUUAAAACGUUUUAACUCUGCAAAUCAAUGUGCUAUGGAUAUUUAUGAUAAUAAAGAUGAUUCUGAUGAUAGAUUGUCCAACCAAGUUGCCUACAGAGGUUUUAAAAAAAAUAUUCUUGCUCAAACACAAGAAAAUAAAGUGCGUAAGGAUACUGGUGGGUUGGUAACCUCACAAAAUUCUAUUAAGGACAAAAAAAUAACCGAAUAUGCUCAGUAUUUGGGUUUACAGCCAGCAGGUAAAUAUAAGUGUUUAAAGUGUCAUCCAACAGUGACAUUUAAAUCAUUAUCAAUGCUCAAACAACAUGAAUUUAUUUGUCAAGCAGCUAAUUCUACAUCCUCAUUACCCGGUACGUCUGAUCAACCAUCACAAUCGUUAUCAACUCAACGGCAGUCUUUUUUUACAUCGACAUCGUCAUCAUCAUCAUCGUCAUCGUCAUCACGAUCAACUUCUACAAGAAAAUUAUCAAAAAAUAAUAAUUUUCGUAUAACACGUAAAGUUUAUUUGUGUGCGGCAUGUGGAACGUACUUUGAAAAUUGGAAUCUCUUUUUACAUAUGCGUGAAAUUCAUAAAAGACAUAUUUGUUUAUUUUGUCUUGGUAUGUUUGGACAAGCUGAAAGACUAUCUAAUCAUUUAACUAAAAAACACAGUGUUACGGAAUUUAAAUUUAAUAGUAUUGAUGAUUUUUAUGAAAUAUUUAAGGGCUCGUGUUAUUUACUUUGCUGUGAUUGUGAAAAAGUUUUUUCUGAGACUGAUGAUUUUUCGGAGCACUAUUGCGCUGGUAAUGGUAAUAAUAAUGACAAUGCUAAUCUUAAUGCUAAUGAUGGUGUUGCUAUUAAUAUUGGUACUAGUGCUGCUGGUGCUAGUUCUAAUGCUGGUGAUAAUCGUGUCAAUACAAAUGUUGUUCAGUCAAGUCAACCGCAACAACCAAUCAGUGAACAAGUUUGUUCGAUGUGUAGGCAAGCUAAUGGAAAACACUUAGCUACGUGUAAACUAGGACAAACAUAUGAUAAGAGACAUGAUACGUCAUUGAUGCAUGAACGAUUGAUAAGUGAUAAUAAACGGACACUUCUACCUAAUCCAGCGAAUAAAGUUGCCAAGAAAUUAUUAAAUGCCGGUAAAGCUAGGUUUAAAACAACUGACAAGGCUUUGUUGUCUUAUCAGAGAAAAUUAGCGGAUUUGUACGCGAGAAAGCGGAGCAGGAUUGCCCAAGAGGAAGAAGAAAAUGAAGACAUUCAAGGGAAUUAUGAAAUAAAUUACAACAAAUUUAGCGGGAAAAUUGAUGACAAGAGAACUGAUAGUCAGAAAGAACGACAGGUGGUGGAGAUUGAUGUCAGCAAGUCUCCGGUUCAUGAGAGAACUGACAGGUAUACUGAUACAAUAAUGCAGGUUUCAAGGUGUAGUGAUGACUGGGACACUGAUGAAGACAAGCAUGAUGAUGAGGAAGAUGAUGAUGAUGAUGAUGAUGAUGACAGGGUCAAUAGUUUGGAUGAACCGCUGGACGAAAUGGAGCAAGGAGAACUGAUUCUCGACGACGGUAAAGAAGACUCUAUUGAAAGUUUGCCUAGUCCGAUUCGCGAGACUUCUCCUCGUCUUCAAAUCGCCUCGAGUCCUGUUCGUGAGCCCAGUCCGAUUGAGCAGAUUCCUGAUGUUUCGGAUACGACGGAGAAUGUAUCUGGAUCAACUGAAGAAGAAUCAAUUGUCAAAGAAUCAGCUCCACCUCCAGUUCCAGUUACAACUUCAACUUCAAUAACUACUUCUACGCCCACGGCGACAGCUUCAGUAACGCGUGUAAAUUCAACGAACCGCAGUUUGGUAAUUAAAAUAUGCACGAAUAAAAAUUCACAGUUUUCAAUUGCAACGCCUAAUAGCAAUGGAACUUACACGAAUAACAAUGAUAGUGUCAAUGAUGAAGAAGAAAAUGAAGAUGAAGCUGAAUCUGCUGAAGAGAUAAAUAAAAGUGGAGAAAUUGAUUCUGAUAAAGAAGUAACUGACAGUGAUCACGCCAGCGAUUCAGACAGCGGAAAGCUUACAGUAGCGCUGCCCAAUGAAUCGCAUCAACCUGAAGAAGAGCCAAUUGUUUCACAAGAACCUGCACAACUUCACCAGGAGGAAGAGACCAAAGAGACUGAGGAUCUGGCCAAGCCAGAUGAACCGUACAGAGAAAUUACACCCAUGCCGUCACCAGUUAAAGAAUCUGUUCCAGAGUCUGAUGGUAUUCUACUGGCAAACAGUGAACUUCCCUGUAUAGAUUUGAAUGUUGUCGGGUUGCUAGAGAGUAUGGAAAUUGAUGAUCUGCUGAAACGAUGCAUCGAAGCUGCUAGUCCUACCUGCGUUUACUGCAACCACGCACGGCAUAUUGCCAUCAAUGGAAAACAGUUGGCUCUCCAUAUGCUUGCUGAGCAUCGGUUUCAACCUCAACACCCAGCAAUAAUAAUUCAGUAUGAACAAUUUAUCAACAGAGUAAAAAAAUCACUCGAUGAAAUCGAGUCUUUGUACUUUAAUUUUGACAGUUAUGACAGUAAACGUGGUACCUAUGAUGUACCAGCACAAAGAACUUACGAGUGUUAUCUUUGUCGUAUUUAUUACACAAUUCACAAAGAUUUGUAUCUUCACAAUCGUAAAAUGCACCAGAAAACAAUAUUAGUUUGUAUAAUGUGUAAAUCAACUUUUUAUAAUCACAGUGAGUUACUUUGUCAUCUUUGUCCUGGAGUUUAUGCUGCCGGCGUUACAAUAAGAUACAGAUGCUGUUUGUGUAAUAUCGAGAGUCUUCCAUCGGCAUUUAGAUUGAUGGUUCAUCUGAGAAAACGUCAUCAUGCUUGUGAUGUUUGUCUAGAGUCAACGGGGAACCAGCAAAAAUUAUCUAAUCACGUCUGGAAGCACAAACUCCAUCAUCUCUGCUAUCGGUGCGGUAUUGCGUAUCGCAACAAACCGGAUAUAACAAAACAUUUAUUCUGGAAACACGGAACUGAGAGUGUUGUUUGUAAAAAAUGUUUGCAAAAAAAAUGGCCACAUGUUUAUCAUUUUUGUAUACCACCAAGUGAAUUUAUUUGUGAAGAAUGCGGUGCUAAAUUUACACGAGCUGUUGCUCUUAAAGUACACAAAAGACUGCACACGGGUGAUGCACCUUACGGAUGCAGCGAGUGUCUAGAGAGAUUUAUUUCAAAGAAAUUGUUGGCUAAGCACGAAGACACUCAUAAACCUCAGCCAGAAAUUCCACCAGCGCCGCCGGAAAAUACGGAGAUGCAGGUUGAUGUCUGUGAGCCAAACACUGAUGUACCCAGUGAAAAUUUAGCUGAACCUAAAGCUGAUACUACUACUGCUGCUGUUGCUGAUGACGUUUCGAAGGUACCUAAAGAACCAGUGAGGAAGGUUGUUGAUGUUUAUGAUCUGCCGCCGUUGAAUCUGUCAUCGGACAGUGACUCGGAUUCUGAAGAGGACAAGAAAGAGAAAGAAAAACAAGUGAAUAAAUGCGAGGACAAGAGUAAGGAUGAGGAGAAAAAUAAAGAGAAGAAUGAAGAUGAGAGUAAAGAAAUUGAUGAGACCAGUAGGAUUGAGACCAAUGAAGUUCCUGAGGAGAUUCAAUUGGCUGAAGUCAAUGACAAUCGGGAUGAAGAGACCGAUGAAGUGGAUAAGCAGGAGGUGGUGAUAAUGAAUGGAAUUUGGGAUAAUUUCAAAUCUUAUGCUGCUAGUCUGGGUGCCAGUGAUGUUCUUGUGACACCAGAAAUUGAUAUCAAGACUAGCAAUGAUGAGAUAUUGAAAAAUAUUGCUGCUGAGCAUGAUUACUGGGUUGUUUAUGAGCCGCCUAAAGAUGAAACGAUUCAAGAACCUGAAAAUGCUACCAAAUCGGAAGAGGUAACGGAAAGUUCGACGUUGACAACUAACGGAGAGAGUGACAAGAAAAAGAAAUCGCCUAAGAAGAAAAAACAGUCUGGUGGCAGUUCAUCGUCAAGUGAUUCAUCGAGUGACAGCGACUCUAGUAGUUGUUCCUGUGGUACUAAUUGUAGUUGCAGUAGCUCUUCCUCGGGGAGCUCUUCAUCUUCAAGCAGCAGUUCUGAUUCAGAUAGCUCUGCGUCUGAGAACUCGCCGCGUAAACAGUCAGCGGCAACUCGAAAAGAUCGAAGAAAAGAACGCGAUGCAAGGAGAAAAAUAAAAGAAGAUGCUGCUGCUGAAGUCCAACCAGAAAAUGGUAUCAGGUCUUGCGAUGAUGCACCAAUAGAACCUGUAGCUGUUACAGAAGUACAAGAAAAUAAUACACCAGUGGCUUUACCUCUAAGGGAAUCAGAUCUUGAGACCACAGAAACAGAAACUGAUGAAGAUUUUUACGACGAAUAUCCUCAGCAACACGCAAACAGACUUUUAGCUGAGAGAAGAAAUCAGUCGAUGCUCCAAGAGUCUAGUGUAGUCGCACCGGCCUCUGCUGACGACUCAAUGGCAUUUGGUUCUUCCUCUAGUGACGUUAAAAAUGGUACUAUAGAAUCCUCGAUACCGGAUGUAAACUCAUUGCCAUCAGCUCCGUCACUAGUGAAAUCAAUUAAACCAACAGCAAAACGUAAAAUAAAAACAAAGAGACGUAAAAAAUUAGAAGGACGUGAAUCUAUUCGUGAAAGUAUUGUCCGUGAAAGUGGACGCGGUCGUGGACGAGGUAGACCACCGGGUACCACAAAAGCCGCAAUGGAGGCACUUAAAUUAAACAUUCCAAAGAAUAUAUUGUAUCAUAAAAAAAGUAUAUCACCACCAACAUUCAACACCAUCGACGAGUUUAUGUAUCAUACAAAUUAUCAUCAAGUUAAUACGGAUACAAGUGGAAUUAUUAAUUCAAGCGCCAUAUCAGCAACAAGUGAAAACGAAAAUACAUCAGCAAAUGACAGCAAGAGAUCGUCAAAGCGAAAACGAAUACCCAAAAGAUUUUACGGUGACUCGAGUGAUGAGGAACAGCAACGACAGGCAUCAUCAACAACAACAACAACAACAACAACAACAAAGUGGCGUAAAACAGAUUCAAUACCUUACAUACCUAGUAUAACAAUAAAACAAAAUUUUGGUCCACCACCGUCGUCAGUUGUUGAACAAAAAGUUUACUCAACUGUUCCCAGUGUUCAAGAACCCGUUUCAGUACCACCAUCACAGCCAGGAUUAAUAACACAACCAGCAGUAGUACCUCAGUCAGUUUCUGUUCACACUGCAGUAACUGCCGGUACAACGGACUCAGAUGAACCCGCGGACACUAGCAGUGACUCUAGUGCUUCGGAAUGUGAAUCAACAGUCAACCAACGUGUGACUCAUCCACCGCUGCCUCUAAACAAUUCCGGACCAACUGGACCAAGCAACCGGCCAGCAAACGUCUACUGUUAUUGCCGCUGUCCUUAUGACGAAGUAUCAGAAAUGAUUGCGUGCGAUGGUAGCAAUUGUCACAUCGAGUGGUUUCACUUUGAGUGCGUUGGUAUUAUGGUACCACCAAAAGGCAAAUGGUAUUGUCCAGACUGUCUUAAGAAAGAGGGAAUACCGGAUAAUCAAUUUAAUUAAUAAUUAUUUGUCAUUGUCACGUAAUUAUUUACUUAUAUACAUUAAUUAUAUGUGAAUUUAUUUAGACGCUCGAUCGGUUAUUUCCUAUUAGUUUUUAUUUUAAUUGAAUUUAUUUCAAUAGACGCUUGCCGAAAUAUUCUUUUUUCAACAAACGUUUUAUUAGUUUAUUUAAAAAAAAAAAAAAAAAUCAUUAUUUUAUUGUAGACUUACUAUCUGUACUCUUCUUUAAAUUUAAUUACGAGCGCAACAAAAAAAAUGUUUGUAAAUACGUGUAAAUAAUUAAUUAUCUUAAUAGAGUUUAUUAUUCAAUUAUAAAUAAGUUUUAUCUUGUAAAAAAAAAAAAAAAAAAAAAAAAGAAAAAGAAAAAAAAACUAUUAGUUUAAAAGACAUGCAGAUUAAAAAAAAACAUUGGUUUAUUCAUUAAAUGGCUAAAUUGCUAGACGAAACGUUUAUUUUCAUUAUUAUUAUUAUUAUUUUUGUUUUUAUUUCGAACACCCGGAUAAUUAAAUUAUCACCUGCCCACACUGCUGGCAGUGUUACGUGCCUAAAAAUUUGUUUUAAAAAAAUAAACAAUUAAAAUUAAAUAAUAAAAAAAAUUAAGCACGUUUUAUCGCCUAACGUAAAAAAAAAAAUACUUGCUUGCUUUUAUGUUUUAACAUUUAUUACCGCUUUAGUUUAUUUUAUUUCUUAAAUUUUAAUUUUAUUGAUACGAGGGCUAGCGAAAAUUUAAAAUUUAUACAUAAAAAAUAUAGAUUUUAAAAAUAAAAAGAUAUUUCUCUUUUGCAAAUAAACUUACGCAUUUUU